CGCACUGCAAGCAAUCGGCUCAUCUCGUUUCUGGUUCACCUUGUCGCAACUGGGCCCAUGCUGUACCUCUCCGCCCGUCUCCAUCAAUCCUGCUUGGUCUCCUCUGCGAAUCUUGAGCAAUGGCCUCAUCAUACUUCGAGAUUCUGCCCAAGGCCUCCCUGACAGCACCUCUUGCCGUCCUAGUCACCACAUGGCUCCUGUAUCUCGUGUCGCUGGCUGUGAAUCGGCUGUACCUCUCGCCGCUUGCAAAAUUCCCUGGACCGAAAGCCGCCGCCUUAUCACGAUGGUACGAACUCUACUACGAGGUCGUCCUGAAGGGCCAGUAUUCCCGGAGGAUAGAUGAGAUGCAUCGGGAAUAUGGGCCUAUUGUUCGAGUCGCACCAGAUGAGCUCCAUAUCAAGGACAGUGACUUCUUCGACGAACUAUAUGUCAAAGUCCCCCGGGUGGAUAAGCAUGACUGGGCGGCUGGAAGGUUUGGGAACCAUGGCUCCAUCAUCACUACUGCAGAUUUUGCUCUACAUCGUCGUCGCCGUGCCGCCCUCAAUCCUUUCUUCUCCAAACGGUCAAUUGUGGAUUUUCAGCCAGUGAUUCGCCAGAAAGUUGAGCUGCUGAGCAAGAAGGUCCGCGAGUACAAGGCGAAGGACGCUCCAGUGGUCCUGAGCGAGGCAUUUCCAGCUUUUGCGGGCGACAUCAUCACAGAAUACUCCUUUGGCAUCUGCUAUAAUCACUUGGAUUCUCCAGAUUUUUCAGAAUCCUUCCACGCUGCGUUCAUGGCCGUCGGUGAGUUUGGCCAUGUUGCAGUUCAGUUUCCGUGGUUUCACCCGCUCUUGAAUUCUCUUCCUCAUGGUCUUGUUCGGAAAAUGCAGCCAGCUCUGGGGAGCUUACUCCGGCUUCAGGUUGAUCUGCGGAAUAUGAUCAAACGGCUGACUGAAGGGGAUGGACUGGGAGAGGGCAAGUUUUCCCAUCGCACAAUCUUCCACGACUUGCUGCAAAGUGCUCUCCCGCCCGAGGACAAGGGGAACCGCCGCAUGGCAGACGAAGCCCAAACGGUCAUCGGAGGUGGCCUCGAGACGACUGCUUGGGCAUUGAGCGUGGCGUCAUUCCACAUCGUGAACAACCCCAAGAUUUACCAGCGGCUUCACGAAGAGAUUGUCCAAGUGAUGCCCGACGCAGCCUCCAUCCCCGAUCUGCUGGAAGUCGAAAAGCUGCCAUACCUGCGGGCCUGCAUCACCGAAGCCGUCCGCCUCUCUUAUGGCAUUUCUGCCCGGAAUCCUCGGGUGCUCAACCAACCGCUUCAGUACAAGCAGUGGACCAUCCCCCCACGAACGGUGGUCGGCAUGUCGAUUGUGGAUGUCCAUCAUGACGAGGCUAUCUUCCCCGACUCCCAUUCAUACAUUCCAGAACGGUGGCUCGGGAACCCCAAAGCACCCAAUGGGUCGCCGCUUGAUCGCUACUUUGUCGGCUUUGGGAAAGGGAGCAGGAGCUGCCUCGGGAUAAACUUGGCCUACGCUGAACUGUUCCUUCUCAUGGCGGCUCUUUUCCGACGAUUCUGGUUUGAAUUGUUCGAGACGGAUAAGUCGGAUGUGGAGUUGAAGCAUGAUUUCUUUCUGCCGAGUCCGAAGUUGGACUCCAAGGGCGUGAGAGUCAAGGUGGUGGAGGUCUACGAGUGAAGUGAUGCUUACGGCUGGGCUGCCUGGUGAUCAUACAUAUCUCUCUCUUUCCACUAUUUCUACACGAGCUCCAUCUGCUUUUGGCCAUCACCCCCUUUUCAUCCCUAUUCCAGGGAUCACGGCGAAGUACCAUUGCAUGGACCAAU